GUGUUUAAUAACAACAUUCAUUCAUCUUUCUUGUUAUCUCCGAAAAGUUAUUCUCAAACUAUGUUUGAUUUAAAGUUUUUCAUCUUCAUUUUCAUUUCCACUUUAAUAUCCAUUUUUCCAUCCAUAACAUCUCAAAAACCCUACUGUAACCAGACAUGUUCCGGCACCAUACUCAACGACAUCCCAUACCCAAUCGGCUUCUCCUCCGGCUGCGAAAUCCAGCUAAACUGCACCCCAAACGGCACCGUUUUAAUCGAGGAUUUCACAGUACAUCAAAUCAAGCCAGACUAUAUUCUAGUGGGCCUUCCGGCGGAGUGUGGCCGUGCCGUGGAAACCCUCCACCGUCUCUACGGUGAUCACUACGCCCCGACAUCCGACAACGCCAUUCUGAUGGAAAACUGCACCAAACGGAUUCAAACAUGUUCGGUUCCUCAGUCCAUGAUGCAACCAAACCUGGAUUUUGAUUGUGACAGAAGAGGUGAUGACUUUGGUAACGUAAGUUGUUACUCCGGGGAUAUGGGGAUCAUGUUUCUUGAUUAUGAGAAUGUUACGAAGACCGGUUGCCGGUCUUUGCUUUUGGGGAUGGUGGUGAAGAUCGUUGGAGUUAAUUCCGCGGUGUCGUUGAAUGUUCAGAUGGUUAAGUUAGGUUGGUGGCUUAAAGGCGGAUGUCAGUGCUCCGAUGAUGCGAUUUGUACAAGGGUAGUGUCGCCGGUGGAUGGUAGUGAUGGUUAUCGGUGUCGCUGUAAGGAUGGUUAUGACGGUGAUGGAUAUAAAGCCAGCUCCGGUUGUCGUCCAAAAGCAAUAUCAAUAAGUUCUUCGGGUUGCAGCUCUUCAGAUUUCUUGUUUGGUCAUUGUCAUGGAAGUAAAAGAGCUGGAGUUCUUGUUGGAAUCAUUGUAAUCGUAGUACCAUUGAUCGCUAUCGUAUGGCUAAGUUAUUGCUACAUUCGUCAUCGCACCAUUGCCAAAUCUCGAGGCAAGUCAAACCGAAGACUUUGUCAAGCUAAAGGCAUAACUAUUCCCAUAUACUCGUACAAAGAGAUCGAAAACGCAACAAAUGGAUUCUCCGAUAAACAAAAACUCGGAACAGGAGCUUAUGGUACUGUAUACAAAGGCAAAAUUCGUAAAGGCGAAUGGGUAGCCAUUAAACGGAUUAAACAUAUAUAUGAUGGUGACGACGUUGAUCAGGUCAUGAAUGAAAUCAUCCUACUCUCCGUGGUAAGCCACCCAAAUCUUGUUCGCUUAUUAGGUUGUUCAUUCGAUAAGAAUGAUCAAAUACUCAUUUACGAGUUCAUGCCAAAUGGAACGCUAUUAGAACAUUUGCAAAAAGAGCGUGGCAACGGGCUUCCUUGGCCCGUUCGCCUUACAAUUGCCACUGAAAUCGCGCAAGCAAUUGCACAUCUACACUCUAGGAAGCCACCUAUAUAUCAUAGAGAUGUAAAGUCAUGCAAUAUAUUGUUGGAUUACAAUUUUAAAACAAAAGUAGCGGAUUUUGGUCUGUCGAGACUGGGGAUAACCGAAUCCUCGCACAUUUCAACGGCCCCACGAGGGACCCCGGGGUAUCUAGAUCCAGAAUAUCAUCGAAACUUUCAUUUAACUGAUAAAAGUGAUGUUUAUAGUUUUGGGGUGGUGUUGGUUGAAAUCAUAACCGCUUUAAAAGCCGUGGACUUCUCACGACGGCAUAGUGAAGUCAAUUUGGCGUCACUAGCAAUCGAUAGGAUCGGAAAGGGGAAUUUGGACGAGAUAAUCGAUCCUUUCCUCAAGCCAAUCCAAGAUGUAUCGACAAUGAAUUCGAUUCGUAAGGUCGCUGAAGUGGCAUUCAGAUGUCUUGCAUUUGAUAGUGAAAUGAGACCUCCAAUGAUUGAGGUUGCAAGUGAGCUAGAAAAAAUUAAGGAAAGCAACUUUGUUUCAUAGGAUGGGAUUGAUUUCAUCCAUUCAUGAUCAGAAGCCAACCAAAUUUUGGAGUUUUUAUUGUUUUAAUUUGAGCAGGUUGAGGAUAUAAUAGUUUCAGGAUGUUUAUAAUUAUAUUUGUAAAUACUCCAAUAUUGAUUUUGCAUUUUGUAUUUGAAUCUCUAUGUCUCAUAUUUAAAGUUUACUUGUGUGUCUA